AUGGACGACAAGUACACCUUCACCGGCUUCUGUGUCGACGGGCCGGACUCGUGGAGCAAAUUCCACAAGGCCGAGCUCAAGCCGAAGCCGUUUGGGGACCACGACAUUGACGUUCGAAUCGACGCAUGCGGCGUCUGCGGAUCCGAUGUUGACACUUUGACGGGAGGGUGGAGAAUAUAUCAGGGCUCUUUCUGCGUGGGACACGAGGUCGUCGGCAAGGCCGUCAAGGUCGGGCCACACGCCAAGGGCAUCAAGGAGGGUGACCGCGUGGGCGUCGGUGCUCAGAUCUAG